AUGGGCAAACGACUACGAGUCCCUGCUGCCCUCCACUCUGAGCUUACCGAGUAUUCGUCGCUUUUACGGGCUCUACGGACCAGUAACACACUCGAUCUAGCCAGCCAGCUUACUGUUCCAGCAAGCGGCCCGACCAGCCUUCACGAAGACGAUGCAGCUUCGGAGACAAGCCUCGGUGAUGAAAGCGAGAGCGAGCGGCCUCUCACUGAGACCAAGAAGGCGCCCAAGGAUACGUGGACGCGCUGGCCGUUGCUUGCGGGAGAUGUAUAUGUGACAGAAUGGAGCUUAGAGGACGAAGUGCGCUCGAUCGCGACACAGGCACUCCAAGGACAGUGGCAUGGCGGUUCCUCUUCUCCGAUUUUGCCAGCUACG